AUGCCUAAUCUUUCCAUCCGCAACCUCACCGUCCACCCGCUGGAGCUCGUCGCCGCCGAGCGCUUCGCAGCCGAGCGCGUCAAGACCGUCGGCGUGCUGUCGAGCAUCGGCAGCGCCGUCACCAACUUCCUCAACGCGACCGAGAGCGCCUCCUCCGAGCUGCGCGUCAAGGCGGACCUGGCCGGCACCGACCGCCGGGACGUGUCCUUCCGCGCCGAGGCUUUCCAGACGGUCGAGACGGACGUGUCCGCCGCAGACCCGUCGGCGGAGGUCGUCCGGUUGACCUUCCAGACCGAGGACCACCGCUACGAGACGGACGUGCCGAGCCCGUCGUCGCGGUCGGCCGUCAUGCGCAAGCUCGACGACGGCCCGCACGACCUCACCGUCGUGUACGUACCCGCCGCGGGGCUCGUCGCCGUGUACUCGUCGGCGCGCCUGGACGGCUGGAUGGGCGAGCUGAGCGACGCCUGGCCGCUGCCGUCGCUGUCGCUGCCCGGCACGCACAACUCGCCGACGUGCUACAAGGCGCUGCCGUCGGUGCGCUGCCAGGCCGUCGGCGUGCCGGAGCAGCUGCAGAACGGCGUGCGGUUCCUCGACAUCCGCGUGUCCGCCAGCCAGGACGACGACCGCCUCGCGCUCGUCCACAGCGUCUUCCCCGUCUCGCUGACCGGCACCAAGUGGCUCGGCGACAUGCUCGAGGACGUGUACCGCUUCCUCGAGGAGCACGGCACCGAGACCGUCAUCGUCAGCGUCAAGCGCGAGGGCACUGGCAAGGGCUCCGACGGCGACCUGGGCCGCUACCUGCGCGACGGGUACGUCGGCAAGCGCCCGGACAGGUGGUACACGGAGCCGCGCGUGCCGACGCUCGGCGAGGCGCGCGGCAAGAUCGUGCUGAUGCGCCGCUUCGGCGUCGACGACGACCUGCGCGGCGAGUGGGACGGCCACGGCUGGGGGCUCGACGCCUCGGCGUGGCCCGACAACUGUGAGGACGGCCAGGCCGGCAGCUGCGCGAUCCGCGUCCAGGACUUUUACGAGGUCACCGAGAGCGACAACAUCGACAAGAAGGUGAGCUUCAGCCACGGCCACCUCGAGCGCGCCGCCGAGCACGCGUUCCUGCUGCCCGGCGCGGAAGGCUACGACGAGGGCGCCGACAAGCCCCCGUUCUACGUCAACUUCCUCAGCGCGAGCAACUUCUUCAACGCCACGUGCUGGCCGGAACGCAUCGCGAGAAAGGUCAACCCGCGCGUGGUCGAGUACCUAUGCACGAGCCACGGCGUCGAGGGCAAGGGACCCAACAACCUGGCCAUCGGCUCCGCCGGCGCGGGCAUCGUAGUGACGGACUGGGUCGGCGCCAACGGCGACUGGGACCUGAUCCGCUGCAUCGUCGGGAUGAAUGCCCGCCUUCAGCAACUCCAAAACUAG